GUUUACUGUAACAUUGGCGAGUGACACAGAUACGCUUUGGAAUAAGCUGUUCAACGGUAGUAAAUGCUAUUGACUAGGCUAUACCUAUUGUGAGCCGACAAUUUUUAUAUCUUAGCAAUCCUACCUUAUCCCAUCCGGCGAAGAGUGAUUGAUAUCAGCCUUGAUGGCAUCGUGAUGGGGUGAUUUUCAAUCCAUCCACUUUUUAACUCAGGUUUUUAUCAUCAGGGUCAUCACCAAAGGUAUGUUUUUCAGUAGGGAAAUUGAGUUACGACAUUGGCCAGUCGUACGUAAGUUUCUCAAUGACAUUAUAAAAUUCAGUAUCGAACGAUACAACGCUUUCAAGCGCUGAACAUGUGCAUAGAAGAAGCCUUCUAAAUGGUAGCGUUAUUACUGAAGGCCAUCGAUUUUGAGUGGGAUGACCACCAUCAAAAAAACUUCACGUGGAAACCGCUAAGUGCGCGGGUGAGAUAAUGCGGGGUAUGGGUUCGUUAGAUGGGAGGACAAAAUUACGAAAGCACAUUUACCUCUUCUCAUUGCCCUCCAUGUCAUUUCUCGGCAAUCUCUUCAAUCUCAAGCACCAGCUUGUUGUAUAUGGUGCUCAUCACAACAACAAGGUUAAUGUGAUUAUUCACAUUAUAUGUGUACCCAUUAUUUUUUGGACAGCUUUGGUUUUUGCAUCGAAUACCGGUCCUCUAUUGGAUGUCAGUACCUUGCCAUCCUCCCUCCAAUGGCUCAAGUUAUUUGGACCGGAUUUAGGGUUUUUCGCAGCAGUAUUUUACUUUGUUUACUAUCUUUUCCUCGACCCAGCAACAGCUUUGCUCUAUGCACCAGUUCUAUACGGUAUGAGCUAUUAUGCAACCUAUCUCCACCGCACCAACCCAGAAGCCAACAACAUUGCUCUCGGCCUUCACAUUGUAUCUUGGAUUCUUCAAUUCAUUGGCCACGGCGUUGCUGAAAAGCGAAGCCCCAAGUUAUUAGAUAACCUCAUUCAAGCACUGGUUCUUGCUCCCUUCUUUGUGUUUUUUGAGAUCCUGUUCACUCUUGGUUACAGACCCAAGUUGCAUAAAGAGAUGAUGAUUGAGGUCAACAAGGAUGUCGCGGCUUUCAAAGCCAAGCGCGAAGCUCAGCAGAAGAGUAAGAAGGCAUAAUUUUAACACCCUCAGUAAUGGCUUGGGAAAUUUUUUUUUUUGUUCAUAUGUACUGCCACUAUUCUAUUUAUCCGGUAACAAGGUAGACACACCUACUGUUCCCGCUCUCCUCCACUCCCAAGUGCCUGAAUCAAACAAUAUAUUUCUU